AUGUCCGACUCCUACACCAGUUCUUCCUAUUACUACAGCUCUUCAAUCAACACGGACGAAGGCACGACCGCAGCCACUGGGCAUCGAUACUCUACUACUUCGCACACUGAUCCUGACGGCACCACUACCGUGCGUACAGCACACCAAGACUUGGGAGAAGCUCCGGUGGUUGAGGAGCGGCGCUAUGAUAGUACCGGCCAGGAAGAAUUAGCACUCCCUGGGCCGCCGGGGUCGUCUGCUGGUGGCGUGAGACGGAUUACGGAUCUUGAUGAGUAG